AAUAUUAAUGGGGAUGAGCAUGCCGCUAAUAUGAGCCAAGGUGAAAAGAAUAGUUUCAGAAUGAUUAAGACACCUACAGCUACUAAUGAGAGAGAGUUGUUGGAAGCUUUAAAGGAUGUUGAGGACCAUUUUCUCAGAGCAUAUGAAUCUGGUUUGGAUGUCUGUAGAAUGUUAGAAGCCAACAGAGUUCAGCUGCAAUCUGGUUUGGAGGAACUUAAAGAUAGCUCGAAUAAACUUAUCCGGUCAAUUACUUGGAGCCGGUCUCCGUUAUCCCGGUCUUCUUCCUGCAAAAGCCUUGUUUCAUGUAGUUCCAGAAGUUCUUCUACAUGGACAGAAUUAAAGACUGAGAUGUUUGAUGAUUAUGGGGGGGAUGGAAUCUGGAAGCCACUCUUUGACCCUAGGAAGGUUGUAUGCUUGGGAAAAGAAACUCUAUAAGGAAGUGAAGGCAGCAGACCAGACCAGGAAAACUUAUGACCAAAAUGUUCUCAAAUGAGAAACUGCAAUGCUAAACGAGAUGGCCUCUACUCCGGUGACAAAACCCGAGCUGAAGUGAAGGACUUGCAUAGCAGAAUUUUGGUUGCAAUACGAAGUGCCGAAACAAUCUCGGAAAGAAUUGAAAAAGUGAGGGAUGUAGAGUUACAGCCACAACUUAUAGAGCUGCUACAUGGCCUAAUGAGGAACUGGAAGAUAAUGAUGGAAUCACACGAAACCCAAAACCGAAUCAUGUUUGAAGUUACUUCUUUCAAUUGUCCUACUUAUGGAAAGUUUUGUAACGACUCUCACCGUCUCGCCACACUUCAGCUUGUGGCAGAACUUCAUAAUUGGUGCUCUUGCUUUGUUGCAUAUUUAUCUGCACAGAAGGCAUACAUUGCAGCUCUCAGUGGGUGGCUUUCCAAGUUCAUUGCCCCUGAGGUAGAAUUACGCUCGAAGAAGAGGUUUUCGGCCCCGGCAUUAGUAGUCAAUGGACCACCUUUACUCGCAACUUGUCGUGAAUGGUUGGCUAGCUUGGAGAAGUUGCCGAACGAAGCUGUUAUUUGUGCAUUAAAAAGCUUUGGAAAGGAUAUGCACGCACUUUGGGUUCAACAGGGCGAGGAGCAAAAACAGAAGAGGAAGGUUGAUGGACUUGCCAAGGAACUCCAGAGGAAGGCGUUGGCAUUCCAGAGAACAGAGAGCAGGGUUCUUGGUACAAAACUAUCAGAGCAGGAACUAGAAGUAAAUGUUCGGAAUCGGAUCGAAUAUUUGGCAGAAAGAAAAAAUCUGUUGGAUAAGUUCAGGGAAAGAAUAGAUGCUGAGAAGUUAAAACAUCAAACUAUCAUGGGACAGACGCAGCAGAUAACCGUGAAAGGAUUCCAAACAGGAUUUUAUUCUGUUUUCGAAUCCUUGGUUGAAUUUUCAAAGGCUUCUGUAAAAAUGUAUGCCGACAUUGUGACUCGCUGUGAAACUUCUAAUGCAUCUGAGAAGGAAGAUGAAAGUGAACCAAGCUAUGUAGAUGAAAUGAGUUCUUAUCUCUGGGAUUGAAGUGGCUGAAACAAAGAGAAGUCCUGGAAUAUAAUUUGGUCAUAUCAUGCCUUAUAUUUUUGCAUUUCUCAGAUGGAGUUUCAUAAAUAAGUUUCCCAAAGCAGCUCGCUCCGGGAAUCGUAUUUGUGGAAAGUUAUUGUUGUUUAAUUAGCUGAUUGUAAGUAUUCAUGAUCUUAGUUUGAUGCUAAAGAGAGUCACUGUUCGAC